AUGGCAUCCACGCAGCUAAUAAAGGAAAUAUCGAGCCUGCAGGCAAAUACUCUCCUGCCGGCCUUGGAGAACUGCCUGCUAGAGGUGGAUGCAGCGUGCACCUCAGGAAGGCAGGGCAUCAGCGACAACGGGAACACUUGGCUGCAAGCGUGCACUGCUUUGCUGGAGCAUGGCGCUGUCCUGGCGCAGGCAUCCAGCUUCCUGCAGUUGGAAGUCACACAACUUCUGCAAAGGCACCUGGAGAAGAGACCAAGGCUGGCAGAAGCGCUGCUGUGUACCCAGCUGCGAGUUUUCCUGCAGCAUCCCGUGGCACUGCAGCAGCUGCUGAGAGCUGUGCCCUCCAACCAGACCAGCCAGAGCCUCGCCAUGCAAUGGCCCUCGCCUGCAUGCAAGGGCCAGGCGCUGCAAGUGGUGCGCAGCUGUGCCUCCUGGGAACUCCAGAAGCUUGUCGCUGAGCCUUCCAGCACCAGUUCAGGUCGCGUGAAGCUGGCAGGGCAGCUUCCCUGGCUGCUGCACCUGCUGCUGCUGACUGACUGCGCGCAACCGGAGGGAGGGGACGCCCCCGGCAGCAGUUACGGCAGCGCAUGUGACGAUGACUCAGCGGCGCGCUCGGAGGGCACCAAUCAUGGCGGCGUUCCCUCUGGGUCCGGGAGAGAGGGAACGCUCAGCGCAGACCAUGCCAGCUCGGGGGGUCCCAUGAGGUUCCCCCCUCGCGGCAGACAAAACAGAGAGAGCGCCAAUUUCUCCAUCAUGAGUACCAGCGAGCCCACCAGCGGUGUUGACUCAGAGGUGCAUGGCUUGCACAUGGACAGCGGCUGCCUGGCGUCACUUGAUCCGCUCGGCACAGACCAGGCCCCCUUGCGAGCGGCUGCCACAGUGUUGGCACACCUGCGCCACUGCGCCAGCCUCUGCUCUCUCUUGGGUCUGAUGGCCGAGCCUAAUUUGGGCAGCGCUCAAAAAGCCCAGGAUGACAGCACAUUCGCCCCAAGCCUAAGUGGCCCUGAUGCCAGAGGUUGGACAGAGGAGGCAACGCCCCUGUUUGGGUUACUAAGUGGCGGUCAGAUGCAUGCCGCGCCUGAGCUGGCAACCCUGCAUGAGCGUCUGGCGGUGACUAAGCAGCUGACAGAGGUCCUGCUGCAGGCUCUGCUACUGCCCAACCAGGCAAGAGCCGCUGUGGGGCCCGGCUCAGCGGGAGAGGAGGACGGGAAGGGCAGCGGGGAUUGCAGCAAAGAAAGUUCUGUGCUGGAUCUGCUGACAGUCCACAUGCAGCUUGUCAGCAUGCAGCAAUCACACCAGGCACCAGGCACAGCAGCUGAGCAGACUGAGCCUCAUCUGGGCACGGAGGCUCGCCUGGGGCUGUUGCAGAUGGUGAAAGCAGCCAUGCAGAAGCAGGAGCCUGCACAUCGGCGCACACACCGCCGGACAUCUAGUGCCUCCUCUGGGUUGAAGGACAGAGAAGGACUGCAGAGCUGUGUUGCACCAGAAGUGGCCGCACAUGCCCUAGCCUUGCUGGCAGCAGCGCCUGGUUUGGGUACAAGAGGCAGUGACGAUUGUGGUGCUGCCCCUGGACCUCUGUUGGGUGUGACUUAUGAGUCAUCUCAGGCAGCUGCUUUUCUUGACGCAGCAGUGACCAAGCUGCAAGAGCGACUUGGAGAGAGCGGCAGGAGCGAGCAUGCAGGGGGAGCCCAUACAGUGAGCAGCAGCCAAGCGUACAUGAGCGAGGCAGCUGCUUGGAACUGCCAUCCGCCCCCAGCAGAGAGCAAAGUGCAUCUGGAGGCACAGGCUCCUGCCAAGAAACGCCGGAUUGUCCCAGAGGCUGUCUCGGCGCCGGAGCGGCUCACGGGGCAGUCUGUAGAUGAUACCCGCACGCUGCAGAGUCAGCGGACUCGCUCAGAGGGCGCAGCGGUGGCGGCACGCAGUGAGUGUGCAGGCUCGGAGCGGUUAGAGGAUGGAGAGAGUGCAGGGGAAAGCGGGGGAGAAGAGGAGGCAUCACCUCUGUUGCAGAGAGGAAUGUUGGCAGAUCAGGAGAAGGAGGCAUGGUGGGAGCACUACAUUGCAGUAAAAUUGGAUCUGGUGGAGAACGUCUUGAAUGAUGACGUGGCUCCAGAGGAUGAUGUGGGCUGUCCAAUGAUGACACCAUCAGCCGCUGAUGAUGUCAGCACACCCAUGCCUGGCAUGAGGAGAGGUUGCCCCAUGGCGAAGGGAACACCUUCUGGCGCCGUAGCGAGUUCCAUGUCACAUCGGCGGAUGGUGGUGGCUGACCUGGCGUUCAAGGAGCCCAGCUGGCAGGCCAUGCACGCUGCUGCGCUGCAACUGCUGACAAACAUACUCCGUGCGGCGAGAGGAGGCGAAGCAGAGCAGAGGGACGCUCUACUGAGGCCGCUGAGUGAGGCGGCUCCUGAGGCAGAAGUGCUGGCGAGCGUGCGCAACGCUUGCCUGCUCAUACAGCCCUCUUGUGGCAUGGACACCUAUCAGGCAGCCAUCUCAGGUGCCAAGGCGGCACCGCAGGAGGCGCUACCGGUGUUCUUUGCUGUGCGGAUGGGUCGGUACCUGUCGGGUGUCGGCGAGCCGCCUGAGCCCGAGCUGGCAGCCGCCUACCUGGCAGCGCUGGAGAGCCUCAAUGAGCUGGCAGGGGAAUCUACACCCCUCUCAGCGGUGCCCCCAUCGGCCAAGAAGGGGGGCGGAGGGAAGUCACGGGGAAAGCAGACGCCGCCGCGGCAGCUGCUGGCGAAGCUUCUGCUGGCGCUGCUGGACUGCGGAGACAUCGCCAUCGGACGGAGUCCCCCCGGCGCUGACUCAGCCAAGCGCCUGAUCAGGCUCGUGCUGGCUGGCUUCCCCGCGCCUCACUCUGCCGUCCUCGCCGCCUCGGCGCUUGUCGGCCUUUCGCAGGGAAUGCUAGAUCUGAAGAGACGGCGGCCGCACUGGGCGAGCGCAUUCGACGCAGGCUGGCAUGACGCAUGGUUCAACGCCGCGGAGACGGCGGAGCCGGCCGCUGCCGUGGCGGCUGCCGAGCAGCUGCUGCGCACGGUCGCCGCCGGCUUCGCUGCGGACGCUGGCGCCUUCCGCGUGUCUGCUGACGUUGUGAUCAUGGCCUGCCGCGCUGCCGAGUGCUGGGAGGGGCUGGAGGCAGAGGAGAUGGAAGGAACGUUGACAGAACUGCUGCAGCUGGGCGCUGCCGUGCAGGCGCAGUGCACUGCCGCCACCGCCCAGCUGCUGCAGAUGCUCACCUCACCGCCAGGGUGCGAGGGAUCUAAUGCCAAGGAGCAAGGGGCGCGCGCGAAUAGCAUUGCGGCUGCAUAUGGCCCCGAUCUGGCCGAGUCGCUGCUGAGCUUCUGCCAGUGGCUGUCAAAGACGCGACCAGGCUUCCAAAUCGCGCAGGUGGUGGAAUUGGAGUGGCAGGCGAUGCUGGGCUGCAAGGCGGGCCACUCCAUGCUGCUGGAACACCUGGCCGCAGCUGCCAGCAAGGAUGCAGGCACAGGCGCCACAGAAGCCCCUAUCAGCCUUCAGGCUCAGGUGUGCGAGUGGUUGGGAGAGGCGUACGAGGACAUGGCGGCGCACGGCGUCGCCUCCGCCGAGGCCGAGCCUGAUCAGGACGCGGAUGACUCAGCGCUGACUGACUCAGCGCUGACUGACCACUCCAUGCAGACCGACGACCAGAAAACUGAUGAUGCAAGGGACGGCCCCCGCACAGCUGGCAAGGCGCCGAAGCAGAGGAAGCGUUCGCGCAGCAGCAACCCGUUUGUGCAGGCGGCAAUGGCCGAGAUGGCGAUGCACUGGGGCAACAGAUUCUCAAAGAGGCGCGCAGGUGGAGCCAGCGACGGCGGUGACGUCAGCGGUGAUGACGUCAGUGGUGACUCAGACGAUGACAACGGCGAUGACCUGGACGAUUUUGUCGUUUGCAAGCCCGGCCGCGACUACCGCACUCUGUUUGCGCAGCAGUUCAAAUAUAGCUGCGCGGAAAUGCCCCGCAGCCUCUUCAGGCGGCCUCUCUGA